AUGUCGGACGCGACGCCUUCCGUGGCUCGCAUGCGCGCCAUCCUGAGCCAGAUCUCGGCCGGUGGGAAGCAUGGAUCCGUCUCCCCUCCUUCUUCCUCUUCUCCUUCAUUGGCAUUGAGCCCUGCAACGCGAUGGAACGGCUGGGGCUUCCAAGACACGAAGCUGUUCGUCAACUCGAACAAAGUGAUCGAAAUCUCCGGUGCUCGUUACGCUGAAGUGUUCGCGAGUGCACCAGACCGUACACUGCCAUCACUGCUGCCAUGGGCCGAGAAACGGCUUGGACUGGACGCUGAUCGCCGCAGCGCGCCUAGUGUCACGUGUGCUGAUGAAUUGCGCGUAAUGAACCAGUUAGACGAAGACGGAGAGGCACACAGAGCUCUUAUGCAGUUUCUACACUUGGCGAGCGAAGAGCUCGGUAUAAAGACUAGCAUGACAGUUGAAGAGCGCGUACGUCACGGCCACGGACAGACCUGUGAAGACGUGUUCCGACUUCGCCACGUACGGGACGUCGAGAGAGUUCCAGACGCUGUGGUGUGGCCCACAAGUCAUGAACAAGUGGAGGUUUUAGUGAAGGAAGUGACGCAUAGAUUUGCAGAUCACGUAUGUACUAUUCCAUUCGGAGGAGGAACCAACGUCACCAACGCGCUGGAGUGUAACCCCAAGGAGCGACGUGCCAUUGUGUCGCUGGAUCUAGGCGAGAUGCGACGUAUUGUGAGUGUAGACAGAGAGAACAUGACUGCAGUAGUGGAAACAGGUAUCACUGGACUGGAUCUUCACGAACGUCUACGUCAUCGUGGCCUUACACUUGGUCAUGAGCCUGACUCGUGGGAGUUCUCGACACUUGGCGGAUGGAUUGCAACUCGUGCAUCGGGCAUGAAGAAGAACACGUACGGGAACAUUGAAGACCUGGUCGUUAACAUCACAACUGUGACGCCUCAAGGGACGAUGCAACGUGCUGCUAAUGUGCCUCGUGUUGCCAUGGGGCCCGACAUGAACAACGCUAUGAUGGGCUCCGAAGGGAUCUUCGGAGUGCACACGAUGGUGACGCUACGUCUUCGUGAGUACCCUACAGUGCAAGUGUACGACUCGCUCAUCUUCCCUAGUCUGGAGCACGGCCUUGCAGCUUUAAAGGAGAUCAAACGUGCUGGGUGUGAGCCAGCGUCACUCCGUCUACUGGACAAUACACAGUUCCAGUUGGGGCAGGCACUCAAAACGUCGUCUUCGACAAAUAAAUUCACUGCUGGAGUCAUCGACUUUGCCAAAAAGACGUACGUGACCAAGAUCCGUGGCUUUGAUGUGGACGAAAUGUGUGCAGCUACUAUUUUGCUUGAAGGAACGAGUCCACAGAAGGUGGCAGAGCAACAGAAAUGUAUCCAAAGUAUUGCCAAACGCCAUGAAGGAAUGGUGGGGGGCGAAGAGAACGGCAAACGGGGCUACUUCUUCACGUACAUCAUCGCGUAUCUACGCGACUUCGCUCUAGACUACUACUUUAUGAGCGAAUCCUUCGAGACCUCUGUUCCUUGGACGAAUGCACGUCAACUUAUCACCGACAUCAAGUUGGCUAUCAACUCUGUAGCCGCCAAGCGCGACGUCAAGAUCCCACCGCUUAUUGCGUGUCGUGUCUCUCAAGUGUACGACACAGGCGUCUGUGUGUACGUGUACUACGGUAUUAACUAUUUUGGCGUCAACGAACCCAUGACACUCUUCCGUGAAACGGAACUUGCUGCUGUGGACGCCAUCGUGCGUAAUGGUGGCGCUCUGUCGCACCACCACGGAGUCGGCAAGCAUCGUCUUGCCUGGCUGCCGGCAGCCAUCUCACCUCCAGCCAUCGCAGCUAUACAAGGAAUUAAGACGGCGCUCGACCCGAAAAACGUGUUUGCUGUGACCAAUUUGCAACCUUUCAAGAACCAAGAAGGGGCUUAG